AUGGCACUGGCGCCGACUCCACUGGCCUCUCGCACCGCGAGAGGGAGGAGCGAGUGCGGCAGUACCAGCAGCUGCAGAGCGACGAAGCUGACCGGCGACGGCAGGAGCUCGCCCGCCAGGAGGAGCAGGACGUCCGGCAGCGGGAGCAGGCCGAGCAGGAGCGGCGCCGCCGCUACCGGGAGCUGGGUCUGCGCGAGACGGAGCGACGCUCACAGGUGGAGGACCGCCGCCGUCAGAUGGAGGAGACGGAGGCGGAGCGGCGCGCCGCCAUCGCCCGCCGCAACCAGGAGCGCGAGGCCAUGCUGGAGACGCGCCGCCAGCACCAGACCAGCCAAAUCAUGUUGGGCUUCGGCAGCGCCACGCCGCGCUGGGAGGUGACCGGCGACAUGGGCAAAAGGUACGAUGAGUUCUGGCGGCGGUCGGGCUCGCCGGUCACGUCCCAUCUCAUCCCCAGAUGGACGUCCGCCUCGCAGAUCGACGGCGCCGGCGAGCGGCACUCGCCGGACGAGGAGCCGUCGGCGCACGGGCCCUCCACGUGA